CGGGGGAUGUUUUUUAUUGCAGGUGUGGUUCCAAAAUCGCCGGGCGAAGUGGAGGAAAACGGAAAAGUGUUGGGGCCGCAGUACCAUCAUGGCCGAGUACGGACUGUACGGGGCGAUGGUACGACAUUCGCUCCCCCUACCGGAGACGAUACUGAAGAGCGCCAAAGAGAACGACAGCGUCGCCCCUUGGCUGUUAGCGUUAAGAAAGACUUCGAUCGACAAAUAUCAAAAAGCGGGUACUAUCCGUCGGGAUGUCGUUUCAGGAAUGCACAGGAAGUCCCUCGAAGCAGCCGAACACCUAAAAGACGACGGUACCGGCAGCGAUCACGAGGAGACGACCUCGAUGCGCACCGAAAACAGCGACACGAGCGCCGCCUCCAGCCUGCCGCCGUCCUCACAGCAGGACGCCAAGGAACCGCCGCCGUCGCAGCCGCCGCCGCCGCCGCCGCCGUCGGGCUAUCCGGACGAUCCGGAGGCGUUCCGGAACAAUUCGAUAGCCUGUCUGCGCGCCAAGGCGCAGGCGCACAGCGCCAAAAUCAUGAAUCACAAUUUGAUGAUGCAGCUGCAGGGCAGCCCGACGGGUUGCGAUGCGAACGCCAACAGUCUGCAGCAGGUCGGGAAGGCCGAGACGCCGGGGAUUUUCUGA